UUAACUGCCAGUGAGUAAACAAAACAAACUGCAUGUGCAUUGUACAUUCGUUUUGUGAAGCACGAGUUAAAUUCGGAUGGUAUAGCAGUUCAGAAAGUGAAGGGGAGAAAGAUGACUCGAGCAAGCAGUGCAGCGCAAAACUACAAUCGUCAAAAGAUUUACUACGGUCAAUUGCUUCGACGGAACCGGUAGCACAACAAGAUUCGUCCAAACACCAGGGGCGAAUUCGAUCCUUCGCCCACGAAAGGGGCAUUUGGGCCAGCUAUGUUUUUGUUGACUAUAACGAUGUCGACCCAAUAAGUGACUUCCAACAGCUGAUCAUAGAAAAAAUUUCGAACGAUUUAAAGCUAAAACUUGAGCGGGUAGAUAAACUGCACCUGAGCCUCACCAAAACUUUCGUUCUGAGGCAUCAUAAUAUUUCAGCCUUUGUGGAAACCAUCCGAUGUGUGUUGAGGGAGAACAAGCGGUUCCCCAUUCUUCUAUCAGACUUGGCUAUAUAUGUCAAUGAGGAGAACACUCGGACCUUUUUGGCGGUAAAGGUUCACGAUAAUAGUGUAGGAUCGUUGAAUAAGUUGGUAGAUAAAUUGAACGACUGUAUGAGAUUGUACAAACUGCCAGAGUUUUACAAAGAUAGAUCGUUUCACGUGAGCAUUUUGUGGGCGUUAGGCAACAAACGACAGCUUCUUCAGGAAAAUUUGCCCGAUUUGCAGCAAAUGUUUGCCACGUUCUACGAAGAGGAAUACUGUGAUAUGAAUCUCUGUGUUAACCAAAUUAAUUUCAAAUGCGGGAAUAAAUAUCAUACUUUUGAUUUAUUAUUUCCCGAUAUUGCCGAUGUUACCGAAGACGUUGAUUUUUGCAUGAUUUGCAACAAAUUAAUGCCGGCAAAACUGACUAGAAAGAACUCUAUCGAGUGCGAGAUCUGCGACCGACCCUUCCACUUAAAGUGCGUCGGUAUGACCAACCGCACCACUUUCACGUGCAUCAAUAGCGAGUAG